AUGGGUCACCUGCUCUCGACGCCUUCCCUUCCUUCAGAGUCAGGUCUCACUCCAUUUCGGACGGAUGGCAAAGACCUACGAGAGGAUAUGGAGGAUGCUGUCAGCCGCGACAACCAGGUCAACGACAUCCUAGAUGACAUCAGAGACCUCAAAGAUCAAAUGAAGUCUGCACAGUCUCAGCUAGCGUAUCUCCUAUAUAGUGAGGCAGACCGGCAGCGAGCAGCUGUGGCAGGUAAACUGAUGGUAAAAAAUUGGUGGCAAUACAUGGAGACAAAUCAUCAGGGGAAAAGUUUGUUGAUGGAACACCGGGAGACAAUGAUCAACGCCAUAGCCAUCGAAGCGGGCAUCAACGAAAGGGACAUCGCGAGAUUCAAGUUCGAGCAUCGCAGGGGCAAACAACUCUCACCCUUCACCAUGGUUGAUACGGGAAACUAUGCCUUGAAACAACAAAUGCUGGAGUCAAUCAGCCAAAAGUAUGACAGAAAAGGAAUCAAAGAAUGGACCAACACGAAGCUGAGCCAGCUCCAAAGUGGAAGCAACAAGGACUCCGUGAACGGCAUGAUCAAAUUCGAACCAUGCAUCGCAGCGUUUGACCGUAUGCAGACAGAACCUCUCAAAGCCAUCAUGACAGUGAUCACGAAGAUGACCCCAAACCUACAAUGGAAGCAUUCAUGGAAGCAUCUCACAAUCCAGAACACUGAGACAGGAGAAUACAUUGCGUGGUUGGCUUAUGAUCACUUGGAGGGCUUUGCGAAAAUCUAUGUCAACAAGAACCUCUACUCUGCACGAGCCUUCGAAGAGGAAUUCCUCACCGCGUACGGGAACAUCAUGUCACGCAAGGUCAUCGGCAACAAGGGAAAAGGCAAGGGCUCCGCAGCAGAAGGAGUACUGACUGCAAGUGACUUCCUGAAGGCUGUAGGUCUCACCCCGGAGGGAAAAGGAUCAUACAUGAGGGUCUCAACAUGGACACUCAGAACCAAAGUGCCUUUCAUUUUCGAGGUGACAUCAAUCGCUAACGAAGAGUUCGGACAGAAAUACGACGACCACCUCAACAGGAUUGCAAAACGCAUCCUGAAGCCUGACUUAGUCUUGUAG